GUCAAUCGGUUUGAUGUGGCAAGGCGUCCGUCGUAGGACCGCGAUUGGGCCGCGCAGUUUAUCCCUGAAACCGCGGCUUGCCAAUCUUCGCCGUCAAAGGCAGGUUCUUGGCGACGCACCUCAAGCCACAAAGCCUCGACGAGUCCCAACUAGAGAAGAGACUGAAAAAGACCAGAAAGACUUGCAAGAACGCAUUCAGAUGCACUCAUUGAAUUCUCCUGCGUUCCAUGUUCGAGAACCCUCUUUCCAUACAUUCGUCCCUUUUCUUUCUUCAUCCAUAUACUCGAAGAACUCAAGUGCCGAGCGCGAAGAAUGCAUGUCUAAGUUGAAACAUCCUUUUUGGAAACGACACCUAGCGAAUUGGAUCAUUCGCCGGUUAACUUCUUUAAAUAAAGAGAUUUGGGCUUCAACCGACGAAUGCGUGGCGCUAGCUUUUGCCGCCAUCGCUGAAGCCUUUUCUGAGCACGACCCGCAUAUGGCGAGCGAGCUGUUGCAUCCGAGUUGUCGCACUAUCAUGAUAAACAACUACAAAAACUGGUCUAGAAUCUUUGACUAUCGUCUGAAAGUCAGCAACAUAAAACCUGUACUACUGAGCAAAAAAUUCGUCUUUCAUCUUCUCGAGUUUCGAAAUGAAGCGCCUUGCAAAGUAUCUAUAUUAGAUAACUUAGAACUGAACUUCUCAACUCCUAUCGAAAACUACGACACUUGGAAAGAACAAUCUUCCGCGUUUCUACAAAAACUAGCAUUCAAUUAUGACGCGCUGAACUUAGAUGCACACCUUCACCUGAAUAAACAAAUCCAGGCGGAAACAACCGCUCUUUCAAAUCGGCCGCCUGUAUCCAAUAUUCCAGAAUUCCAGAAUUCCAAAGUGUCCUCUCCGGAUCUCAUUUCAUCUCUUUUCCCUCAUACGCUAGUCGUCCCCUUGUCCAGUCUUUUCUCCUACCUCCGCGCUGUUCGAUUUUUCGGGACCGAAUAUUUCUGGCGCAAUUCCACCUUAGAAAUUCAACUCACCUACCAAAUAUCUGCCUCUCACAGCCUCGAGCUCUUCGAUUCUCUUCACGAUUCCAGAUGCCUCGCCCGCCUAAAGGACCACGUUGCACCGCAUCUCGUUACAUUCUCCAACAAAAUUCCCCUCAGAUCAUCACCUGGACAGCCACCAUCGCUUGGCCAGUGGCUCAUAUCCGACUUUGACGAGAUUGUUCUCCAAGAAAAACUCAUCAUCGAGAAGCUCGCGGAAGUCAGCUCCACUCCACAACACGUGCUAGCAAAAAAGUGCAAAGACAUCGCCUGGAUGGGAUUGAAACCAGGACAAGAUCUCGCCAAAGAAGAAAAACAAAAACGUUCUCCAAAAAUUACCCUCCAUACACAAAAAAUAUCAUCUACACAUCAAAUAUCACAAAAUACAGAGCAAUAAUCUGUCUCAUCCAGCCUUAGCCAGGCCGCACACGUGCGUUUUGUGCGCGUAGGAUUUUUGUUAAUACAGAUUCUGUGAUCCGUUCUGCCAAACGUCCCUUUCCGUCCAAAAGUGCUCUUUGUUUCGGUCACUAAGAGCCGCAAUUAUUUUUACAGCUAUCGCUGAACGGUAACGCCCCCAUAUUUGGUGGUUGCAGGUCGCACAUCAUCUUUUUGAUCUGUCUGCGCUGAAGAAACCGCACACAUCCUGACCACGUGUAUGAAGACAUGCUACAAGACAAAAUCGUACAACAGAAUCUGUACAAAUAGCCCGUCUCGUGUGUGGACUAGACCAUACUGUGUACUUUUUUUUGUGCCAAUUCGACAUUUACCACGCUUUGCAACAUACACUCUCCAACACAUCGGCGCGUGAGGGCGGUACCUUUCAUACGUUUUGCAGUCUAGCCACUAUCCCUAAACUGGUAUGCACACUUCCUGACGCACCUUUUCGGAGAGCCGCGUUGCUCUGUUUCAUGUGCUUUGAGCAUAUCCGUGAAGAGCACUGGACAUGCCUAUUCGUGUAAGAGAAAUACGUCUCACUGUAUCUAUUUGCCGAUCCAUAGCGCACUUUAAGCGAAUUCGCCCACAAUUUUAGUUUACAGGCAAGCGCUUUCCUUCAUGUUUUGAUAACUUUGACGCACGUCAAUCUAUAGAUACAAGGUGCUCGCACUUUGAGAAUCCGGGGACGAGUCCUUCCCAUAGCGAUGCUUUCCAGCCUUGUAGCAUUGGUAAUGCAUUGUAUCACCGUUACCGGGAAUGUAUAUGAAUAUCGAAAGACCGAUUUUUUUUU